AUGGAAGAAAACCAGAUAACCCUGGACAACCUUGGGAAGGGCUCAGACAACCCAGCUUUCAGCUCCAUGGGGGAGGAGAGACUCUGUGAGGAAUGUGAUGGUCCAUGUGAUGAGACCAAAGAGGAGAGGAGAGGAGAAGGGAAAGGGAGAUUCUCCUCCUACUGCAGGAAGUCUGUGCAGCCGGCUUCCAAGGCAAAGCGCUUCUGCAAGGCUUAUGCCAAGGUGUUGAGGAGGGUCAUCUUGGGGCUCCUUGGAGUAGCCUACCUGUGCUACCUUAUUGCGGCCUGUUGGCUCGACUUCCAGCGAGCCCUUGCCUUGGUUGUGAUGACUGCAGUGGUUGUCGUCUUCACCUGCUGGAGCCUCUUCAAGAAGCACUGUGGGGCAAAGGUACUGCUGCUCCUCAGCCCCAUUUGGAAAUGCUUCAGAAGGUCCUGGCUAUGGCUGAAAUGGCUGCUGUGGGUGGCUCUCUUGGGAGGCCUGAUCACAUGGCUGGCUUUGGACACCGCCAGAAAUCCAGAGCAGCUCAUCUCAUUGGCUGGCUUCUGCUUCCUGGUGCUGUUCCUGUUUGCCUGCUCCAAGCACCACAGAGCAGUGUCCUGGAGAGCUGUUUUUUGGGGUCUUGGCUUGGAGUUCAUAUUGGGACUUUUCAUCCUCCGAACAACCCCUGGCAUCCAAGCUUUCCAGUGGCUGGGUGACCAGAUCCAGUUCUUCCUGGGCUACACCACAGCUGGCUCCAGCUUUGUCUUUGGGAACACGCUCAUUGAAGAAGUCUUCGCCUUUCAGACUCUGCCCAUUGUUGUUUUCUUCAGCUGUGUGAUGUCCAUCCUCUACUACCUUGGCAUCAUGCAGUGGCUCAUUGUCAAGAUCUCCUGGAUCCUUCAGGUCUCAAUGGGCACCACUUCCACUGAGACCCUGAGUGUGGCAGGGAAUAUUUUUGUGGGACAGACUGAAGCCCCGCUGCUCAUCCGCCCAUACCUUGCAGACAUGACCCGUUCAGAAAUCCACACUGUGAUGACUGGCGGCUUUUCUACAAUUGCAGGCAGCGUGAUGGGUGCCUACAUAUCCUUUGGGAUAGAUGCAGCGUCACUGAUCGCAGCUUCCGUGAUGGCUGCACCCUGCGCCCUUGCCAUGUCCAAACUCGUCUAUCCUGAAGUGGAAGAGUCCAAGUUCAAGGGCAAAGCAAGCAUCCGCCUCCCCAGGGGAGAAGAGCAGAACAUCCUGGAAGCUGCAAGCAAUGGGGCUGCAGCCUCUGUAGGGCUCAUAGCCAACAUUGCAGCCAACCUCAUUGCCUUCUUGGCGGUCCUGGAGUUCAUCAAUGCUGCCCUGCGCUGGUUUGGGGAGAUGGUAGACAUCGAAGGGCUCUCCUUCCAGGUUAUCUGCUCCUAUGUCCUCAUGCCUGUGGCCUUUCUUAUGGGUGCAGACUGGGCAGACUCACCGCUGGUGGCUGAGCUCUUGGGGAUGAAGAUCUUCCUGAAUGAGUUUGUGGCAUACCAGCAGCUGGCCACAUACAAAAAAAACCGUCUGUCGGGUCUGGAGGAGUGGGAUAGGAGCCGGAAGCAGUGGAUAUCUGAGCGAGCUGAGAGCAUCGCCACCUUUGCGCUCUGCGGAUUUUCCAACUUCAGCUCCAUUGGGAUCAUGCUUGGAGGUUUGGCCUCCAUGGUUCCCCAGCGCAAGGGUGACUUGGCGUCCAUUGUGCUGCGAGCCCUACUCACUGGCACGUGUGUCUCAAUGCUCAAUGCCUGCCUGGCAGGCCUCCUUCAUGUGCCAAUGGAAGUGGGUGACUGCGUGACCUUCCUCAGCACUGCCAACUUUAGCUCUACCAGCUACACCAUGUAUACCUGCUGCAAGCAGCUCUUUGCCAGCUCAAUGCUCGACAACGGGACACUCUCCUUCACGGGAGCCUGGGCCGGCCUGGCAGAGGGCGUGCAGUGCCUGACACAGUGCUGUGGGCACUACAACCACACUACCUGCGAGGGGACAACCUAG